AUGAGGGCACUGCGAUGGUUGCACUGGCCUAUAUGGUCCUCCAUUUGGAACUUCACCUCGAAUAUUUCCAUUUAUGCUUUCUGGCCGCUCAGACGCCUCUUCCUUUCAUUUUCUUCGACGGCAAAAAAGGGAGAACGCGAUAAUGACGAAGAGCAACUGCAAUCUGGCGUCGGCCAGACUUCCGAAGAUGGCUCUCACAAGAUUACUAUUCGACGGGCCGCCCAACGCCCGGAUAAUCACAAGCUCUUGAUCAUUGGAAUCUUUGCCGAAGUAUACCUUGUGGACAACAAGAUUAUCAGAAAAGUCCCUCGCAGUGAGAGUGAAGAAGAUAUGCAACCGAUCAUCCGCGAAGCUAUGGUGUAUGACACUCUCGGCGUUCAUCCACGAAUUGCUGAAUACCUCUCCAGAGGCAGAUCCGACUAUAUCGACAUCAAAUACUAUCGACAUGGCGACCUUGCGAAUUAUUGUCAGAAAAACACAGUCGCUGCUGAACUUCAAUCAAAAUGGUUCCAGCAGAUCCUAGAAGCUAUUGUCGUUAUUCACAGCCAUAGUAUCAUUCAUUCCGACCUUGCACUGCGGCAGUUUUUCCUUGAUGACGAAUUUAAUAUACGACUCGGCGACUUUAACUCUUCUCAGUGCCCGGGCUAUCUAGCACUGGGUUACGAAAAAGCAUCACAUUGCCUGCCACGGGAUUAUGACCUUCCGAACACUGAAAUUUCCGACCUCUUUGCUCUAGGGUCUACACUAUACGAGCUAGUUGCUUGCAAGGCCCCAUACAGCGAACUUGCCGGGCCUAAAUCCGAUGAUCCGGAUGUGAUCAAAGCACAAAUCCUACGACAGCACGAGGUGGACCAUGAGAUUGAAUUGAGAUACAAAAACCACAUGUUUCCCGAUGUCUCUGGUUUGUUCGGCGGGAACAUCAUAUUAGGUUGCUGGAGAGGGGAUUUUUCUGACGCAAAAGAAGCGCUUGAUCUGUAUAGAAGUGGUUAA